UUACAAAUGGCAGCCCCCAUCUACGAAAUGAUCGUAAAGGGUCACCGAAGUUGGAAAGUCGUCUUAACCUACACUACUUGUAGAUCUAGAUUAAAUUCCGUUUGUUUGGCUGGACCUAACAUCGUAUGUAACUGGAAUAUUCAUUACUGUACCCAUCAGCAGAAAGAGAAACAAGUUCAGGAAGACAAAGUUCAAGCUCCAGCUAGACCACAGCGAUACCUUUUUGACAAGCUCAUACAAUUUAUCACCAAUUCAUCUGGGAAGUUGGAAAAAAGAAUUCCAAGUGCUUUUCAAGUUUAUCGUACAUUUAAAUCAGGAAUCAGUGAAUUUGUCUCAGACUCUAAAGAUUUUUAUAAAGUGUCUACCAGGUUGUGGUCAGGGGAAAGUUUGCAACAGUUUAAAAGAAAAGAGUUAGAGUUAUACAGGCAGUUUUCUUCAGACCUCCCAGUUGUGGGAUUGAUCUUUGUUAUAGCCUUUGCACCAGGAGGAGCUAUAGUUUUCCCUUUAGCAUAUGUGUUUCCUCGUUUCUUAUUGUCCCAUCAUUUUUGGACUCCUCUUCAGAAAGAAGAGUUUAGGAAAAUUACUUUGACGAAACAGUUGAAGCACUAUGACUACAUACUGGAUCACAUGCAUUUACUUAGUCAGCACAUUCAGGACAAGGAGUCUAGGGACUAUGUUAGAAGCAUUAUCAACAAGCUAGACACUAAUGUUCUGUUAAAGAAAUCAGAAAUUCAAGAACUUCUUCCUUUAUUUGAAGGAAAACCUUUCCACACCGAUUGUCUUUCUAUACGACAUUUGCGCCAUUUGGCCAAGGCCUUGAGUUUGUCUUUGAGACAUAAAAAGUUAAUAAAAGAUGCCUUGUUCCUUCAUUACAUAGAUACUGCCAUGGCAAGAGAAGGCACCAGCAGCAUGACAGAUGAGGAGUUAAAUAGGGCUUGCUGUUGGCGAGGGUUAAACCCAUCAGGUUUACAGCGACAAGAGAAGAUACACUACUUAGAGAAUUGGAUGCAAAUAAGUGGAAUAAUUCAUGAGAAAAGUAUUUCCUUAUUGUUACAUCUACCUGUACUGCUGAGCUAUGGUCUUCCCAGCAACAGAGCAUUGAUGCCAGCUUCAACAAUUGUGAAAAGAGGAAAGCUUGAUGAAUAUUAGUAGAAAUAGUUUUGACUAGGAUAAACAAUCGUAGGUCUUGGGUUUGUCUGAUCUAGUGUGAAAUUGUGUCUUGAAGGUUGGUUCUAAAGCGUUGAGUGAGGUGUAAGCGUGCCAUGUCUGAGAAAUCAGUGUACUACUAAAACAGAGGACUAGUUACAACACUUGAUGAUAGAAAAACACUUUAGAGUUUAUAGUGUAACCACGUCUGUUUGUGCUGUGCACAUAUUGGUUGCACUACAUGUCUUGUUUUUUUUAUCCAACAAUGUAGAAAUGUGUAUUAUCUCAAUAGCAAAAAAAAAUUGUUACCAACUAGAAAACACAACUGGAUAAUAUGUAGCUCAACUUGUAACAGGUAACAGACUUUGUACACCUUGAUACCAUAGUGGGUUAUCUUUUUGACCCUGUGUUACCCAAUUCCCCUACAGCUUAUUUCCUUUGAAUUCUAUACUGGCUCUGUUGGUUUUAUUCUUACACUAAAAUAUGAUCCUUGUAACAUUCUAGUGUAGAGCUGUAUAUACAUAUAUGUGGAAAAAAAAUAGGUACCGGUACUCAGUGAUGGAAUGCCUAACUUUAUCUACUAAUAAAUUAAUAAUAAACAUUAAAAUACAAGAAAAGUCAUAAUUUUUUUCUCCUCAUCUAAAAAGGUGCCAACAUACUGUCACAAAAAAUGCCCUGUAUAAUAUAUAUAUAU